CACAUUUUUACAAUUAUACAUUAAACACUCACCUUGAAGCUUCCUUUCGAAAGUUAAUUCACUAAAACAUAUAGGCACUCAACCAUUCUUUAUAUGCAUAAACAGUAUUGAGUUAGUUAUGAAUGAUGCAGAGACAAACUUGGCGAGGAGUUCCAGUGAUGAUACUCACACAGGGUUCAAGCUUCCGGAGCUAUACUUGUCAGAUGAAUGGAUGGACGAUGAUCUUGUGUCUGCGGUUACCGGGAUGAACCAUUCUUAUGGUGAUGAUGCUGCUGCUUUCUUCUCCGGUUCUUCUAGCUGUUUCAGUCAUCACGAAUCUCCAAGUACCAACGCUUCUCCUCCCGCUGCUUCUACAGUGCAAGAAAACCAAAUUAAGAAAGAAAAGAAGAAAGUUAAAGAGAGAGUUGCAUUCAAGACACGGUCUGAGGUGGAAGUGCUUGAUGACGGGUUCAAGUGGAGAAAGUAUGGGAAGAAGAUGGUAAAGAACAGCCCAAACCCCAGAAACUACUUCAAAUGUUCAGUUGAUGGCUGUCCCGUGAAGAAAAGGGUUGAAAGAGAUAGAGAUGACCCGAGCUUUGUGAUAACAACUUACGAGGGCUCCCACAAUCACUCAAGCAUGAACUGAGGUUCUUCAAAAUUUUAUCAACUCUUCGAUUUUUCCUGAAUUUAUGGCUGCCAAUGCAAGAAUGCUUGGUUUGAGAAAAGAUUGUGAAACCAUGAUAUUUAGAGUAUUCACCUUCUGAAUCUGUUCUUGAGACAGAUUUUCUAUGGUUAUCAUACUUGUACUACUUCUAGUUCCUUAUAUGCAAUGUAAACUGGUUGACAGGUUCACAUAUUUUGAGAGAUUUAUGAUAUUCUGAAUCUAUAGUAGCAUCUUAUUGAGAGAA